UUUUUCGUUUUUUUUUAAGAGGCACCGCGAGCGCGAGAGGCGCAGAGCAAGGAGCGCGUGGCGCAGCGCACUGAGCUGAAGCGGAGACUGACGCUUUCCUCUCAGAUCUGCGCAGCGCGCGCCGGGGAACAUGACGCGCGAGGACGAGUGAUGGACGCCGUCCUGAGGAGCGCGAGGAACAGGAGCACGAGCCCCUUUCGGUGCUCGGGUUGUUACCGGAGGCGCGUGAGUUCGUCGGAUCCUAAACGGUGACCCGGUGGCGCGUGGAUGCAGGAGCAUGGAGCAGAGAGAGAGGGCGCCUGCAGCAGUGCCCAGGUGGGUGUGUCCAUGGUGGCGCGGAGCACUAAUGUGGGCACGGCCCCGGUGGAGGACAUGCAGGCGCUGUCAAUCACCGCUCUCUCUGCCUCUGAGGUGGAGCAGCAGUACGAGCUGAUUGGUCCAUUAGGGAAGGGCACGUAUGGCCGAGUAGAUCUGGUGGCUCACCGCACACAGGGCACAAAACUAGCCCUAAAGUACGUCAGUAAGAACAAGACCAAGCUUCGGAGUUUCCUUCGUGAAUACAGUUUGACUGCAGCAUUGGGCUGUAGUCCCUUCAUCAUCAAAGCUCUGGAUGUUCUGUUUGAGACCGAAGAGAGUUACGUAUUUGGCCAGGAGUACGCACCUGCAGGAGACCUCUUCGACAUCAUACCUCCCCAGGCUGGUUUGCCGGAGGACAUGGUCAAACGGUGUGUGCAACAGCUUGGCUUGGCUCUGGACUUCAUGCACAGUAAAAGUCUGGUCCAUCGAGACGUGAAGCCAGAAAAUGUGCUCCUGUUUGACCGCGAGUGCCGGCAUGUGAAGCUGGCUGACUUCGGAAUGACAAGGAGGGCAGGCAGCCGCGUCAAACGAGUCAGCGGCACCAUCCCCUACACGGCAGCUGAGGUAUGCCAGGUCACAGGCUCAGAGGGCAUCGUAGUGGCAACGCCGCACGACGUAUGGGCAUUCGGCGUGCUCCUCUUCUGCAUGCUGACCGGAAACUUCCCAUGGGAAGCAGCGCUGCCCAGUGACAACUUUUAUGCAGAGUUUCAGCGCUGGCAGCAUGGCGCGUGUCCUCCGGGCACUGUGCCCUCACAAUGGCGCCGCUUCUCUGACGACGCGCUGCGCAUGUUCAGCCGGCUCCUAGCGCCUGAGCCUGAGCGCCGCUGCGGUGUCAAAGAGGUUUUUUACUUCCUAAAAUAUGAUCUACUCAACCAUCAUCGGAGAAGAGCUUCCUGUAGAGUCUCUAGAGCCACACGAGGCUCCGCCCAUAAACACGGAGAACAUGCCUCCAUACCGAGCACUUCCUGUCUUCGACCCACGCCUCUUAAACGUAGCAUCCUGUCAGAGCCGCACUCAUCGAGGGAGGAGCUUUCAAAAAGCCCCUCCCCCAAUCGGCAGGACAAGAGUAAGAUGGUAAUGGCCACGCCCAUCGAGAUCUGCGUAUGAAAGCACACACUUACUUCCAUAUUCAUAAGAUAUAUUUAUAGGAAUUAGACCAGCCCUGUUUUCGUAUAAGAAAGGCAAUACAGAUUGGAACGGAAUUCGGGCCAGUUGUGUAACUGUAGCUGAAGAUACUGUAGGAUCCAAAACUCCACUAAAACCCAUUAUCAAGGAUUGUUUUUAUUUGGAUGUUUAUUCAAAGCGAACACAAUUUAUUCAAUUGAUGCGCAUUAUUUAAGAAAACUCAGACAAAAAAGUCAAUAUGUAAGGAAUAAAACAUUUAGGGGCAUGCUGUUAUAGGAAAGUGAUCAUCGACGGGGUGAUAUGAUGGUAAAAUGUUGAAUAAUCGACGCUUUGCCACCCCAAAGCUGAUUAUUUUCUUAUAACAGCACCUUCUGAAGUGUUUUAUUCCACAUACCACAGCAAAUUGCCAACUAUUCCAUCGAAUAGUGCUGAAACUGGAGACUCUUUCCAUAAAUUAAAAAAAAACAUCUCUUUACAGAGGAUGUCCUCAUAUUAAUGAUUACGUGUCAAUACAGAUAAUUAAUCAGUUAUUAUGGCUCAUGAUUAGUGGAUCUUUGGAACUAAUUUAUUGAGUGGUAGGAUCAUAGAAGCACUUCCGAAUUUAUGACCUUCACAAUGUCCUGUGCUUCUUCUUUAGUAUGAGUAAAUUGUGAUAAGAGAUACGACUUUGAGAUCAGGUAGCUUUAUUAAAGCCUAUAGAUAAGUCUCUCCAUUUCAGAAUACUUCUUCUUGUCAUUCUUCUUCCUUAAUCCUCGAUCAUUUAGAACAUACAAUGAGAACUCCAUCCUCAGACGAACUCUGUUUUUCCGAGGUGGCCCUCCCCAGUCAUGUGACUCAACAAACCAGCCUAUCAGGGGGCUGAUAACCUCGGAGAUUUUUGACUGAUAUGCAUUUCUACAAACAGACCGUAAACAAUACGGCCACUUCCCAUAUGUGGACAUUGUAGCUACACAGGAUAUGACAUCACAAUCCUUCAGCAGAACGCACAUGUGGGGGAAAAAAAUAUCUGUAGACGACAGGGAUACUUUAUUCUAUAUGUAAGUGUGUGGACGUGUGUGAUUGUGUUUAAUAGUUCUGUAUAAGCACAAGUUUUUUAUAGCUUGUUUAAGAAACUUUAAGGACUGUUGGUGAGAGGGAUAUCUGGAACAAAUGUUCAGUAUGUGUUCAGAUAGUGCCAUUAUGUAGCGUUUUUUUUUUUUUUAAUUGUAAGAAACUUUACUAGCGAGUCUCCUACAGAGAAGCAGAUUGUAGUAGCCUGAAGAUUAGUACCUGUUUGAAAGGAUGUCUGGAGGAAUGAUACCUUUAGUAUUUUAAUAAUUGGGUCAAAUAAGAUAGCAUUAAGGGGUUUCUUUCCAACUUUUGAAGCAAAAAUAAGAAAGUAGGGCACGGUAGUUGGUGUAGCAGGGGGAUAACAGCUGCAAGUGAAUAGCAAUGUUUGAAUUCAGCAGGUGGAGGAUGAUGAAAAAGAAAGAAAGCAAAAAACUCGGGGAAGGGUUAUGGGGGUUUGGUGUUUGAUGCCACAAAAAAAAAAAAAACCACGGUAUUAAACUAUGUAGCAGACGGUACAAGAGGUAUAUGUGCUACAGAAGAAUUGGUCUUUGCUAAUUGCAUCAUGUUGAAUAAAAUGAUAUGAAAGGGAAGAACUGAACUGUGGACAUUUUGUGGCAGGACGUAAGUGUGUAUACUCAGCAUGGGCUUUAUUGUGAUCCAUCCAAGAAUCAAAAUCAUAAUCCAUAGUAAAAAAAUGGUAACAGAGGCACUAGUUGAAAAACUGGAAAACAACAGUCUAGAAACAAUGCUCAGAAAUACAUGACAUGAUUGGCAAGACUUUGCAAAGAGGAAUGGAGAAAAUAGGGUCUAAAUAACUAAACUAAUUAGCUAACAAUAAGGCUGAACACAGAAGAGGUACACACAUUAGGGAAACAAACCAAUGAUAAGAGACGGGCAUGGACAGGACUGCAACAAAAACAAAAACAAGCAGCACUUUUUUUUGCUAGCUAUUAGGGUAAAGAAAAGGUAAAAUAAAGUAAAGGUAAGAGAUAUUUAAACACGUGGAAUGUGCAUGUAUCAGAUAAAUAACAUUAAUAAACCCUACAAAUCUACAACACUUAAAUAAACAGCAUUUCUGCCUGUCUUAGCCCACUAUAACUACACUUUACCUUGAAAUAUAGUCAUUAAAGUACUAAUGUGUGAAUCCAUUUUAACUCCUCAUACUUGAAACAUCCUUUUCCAUGAGUCAUCCAUUAUAGGUUAUUGUACUAAAAUUGUACAUUUUAGUUCACGUUCACUCAACCCUGUUACCUGAACAGAUUCAACCCUAUGAAAUAUUUGGAAUAUUCCACAAGUUCAAUCCAAAUUUCCUGAAGAUCAUGGGAAGAAGAAAAGUAACUCAUCUUAUUUCUUUAUUUUCAAAGAUAUUUUGAUUUUGAGUGAUGAGGUCUCUUUGAACGUACAACCCUGUUCCCCAAAUUAAAUCUUGAAAGAAAAUCAUUAAUUAAAAGAAAUACUCAUUUUGAGUAAAUCAUUAGAAAGUCCUUAAUGUCCUCAUGCCAUUAGCGUGGCUGUUAAUUAACCAUAUUUAUUGUAUUUGGUAAUUCUAUGUGAAUACACACAACCCUGAAAAUACAGUCAUUUUCAGCAAAGAAACCUUAUAAAACAAUGACAUUGUGGCCUGAGAUGGGUUAACACUGAAUGGCUAAAGCCAUGGUUAAAGAUUCAGUGUUUAAAAUGAUUUAAAAAGGUCCUUUUUUAAAGAAAUACAAAGGUGCAAAUGUAGCAUUUCAGCUACAGAUGAUCAAAAAUUUAAAAUGCAAUUUCAUGCCUUCAAGUCCCUUGGCCUUGAUCCCAAUCACAGCAGAGUUCUGCGCUGACAUCUGCAACUGAUUCAUUCUCACUUUGGAACGGAUUCAUUCUCACAUUGGAAGACUUUUUUUCUACAAGUAGCUGGCAUGCGUUUAAGUGAAAGCACUGCAUGGGAAUAACACACAAAAUCUGGAAUUUGAAGAAAGGAAAAAUGAUUAUGUUGGACUAUAUGCUGAAUGUAUGAAUGACGUUUUAAUAAAAAUGAUGAGCGCUUCUCCUACUUUGAACUUCUAAACCUCGACAGUCUUUACUGAGAAGUUGGUUUCUCCAAAGUAAUAUUGAUUUCUCCAUGAUACCCACACACUGUGCCAGAGGAUCUCAACCUGGGGCUCGUCUGAGAUGUGGAUGCAGGAUAUUUUUUUUUUUUAUCAACCGUUAUUCAUAAUGUAGUUCUAUAAACACGAAUAUAAACAUGAUUUAUGUCAUAUCUAAUAAUAAGUAAAAACUCAGAUUAUUAUUAUUAAAUUUAUAAUUAUCAUUCAUUCAGUAAGCUCCUCUUAAGCCCAUUUUACACCAGACUGCAGCGGCAGUGUGUCCAAUACGCUCUCGGUAAUCAAAGUGGCCUUAACAAUAAGCAUAAAAAAUUCAUGCUAUAUUUUAUAGUGUGUGCCUGUAAUCUAAACAGCACGUGGGCGAUAUUUCAUUUUGUAGCUCGAAUGCAGCAGCGCACACUUGGUUAAAAUCGCGUAUAUAAUGGCAUAGUGAUGCAUGCUUAUAAUAUUUACAGUUUAUAUGUAAACCAGUGUGAGAAAACACAGUGUAAAAUGCACAUCAUGCUCAUGAAAACCAUUUUCCCGACUAAACAGAUGAACCCUACUGUUCGUACCCAGCUGAGAUGAAACUCUAAACUCUUGGCUUUGAUACGCUGCAGUUGCGCACAAUCCCAGUCAUCUCAGUUGAUGCAGUGAGUGCAGAGUGCCUGCAGCUGUUAGCUCAUACAUAUAGAGUGAUACAUAAAGUAUUGUUAAAUGUCUAAAUCUUAAGAAGACAUGUGCUAUCUUUCCCUGAUGGGGUCUCUAGCGUUUUUGCUCUGUUUGUUCAUCAGCUGGCGGACCACGGUCUGGAUGCAGACCCAGCAAAACAUUUCAGAGAACUCAAUACUGCAGCCGAUUCAAUGUAUGAAAACCCUGGAUGUAGUUCAGAGGCUCUAGUGUUUUUAAACAUGAAUCAUGAUGGCUUCUGUAACAGAUGUUGCGGUUUAUACAAUCACAUUCAUAACCACUGCGAAUAGAUUUGUUUGUAGUCAUACACUGAUCAUUACAGGUUAUGCAUUAAAAGAUAACUUGUUAUUCAGUCAUGUUAGUUAUUUAUCUGGAGUUCUUUACCUUGGAGACACAAGUGACACAAGAAAUCAUAAUUGGAUCACACGAGUGAUAAACAGGAUCCGGUUUGAUGACGUGCACUGCAGACGUAUGCAGAAAGAUAUUUUUUUCUGCGGAGGAGACGUAUAUUUUUAUCUCCAGAUGAGCAAGGACUGUCAUUAAGGCUGAUGCCCUCCUCUUUUUCUGCAUCAUUUCCUUUUUUUUAUUCACUUCCUUUUUAUUUUUUGCCCGUUAUCUGAAGGUCAUUCCAGCAAUCAGCCUCUCAAGUGUACCAAUGAAUGUACCAAUUUCUCUGCUGUAUGAGGGUAUUUGGGAACGUUCAGGAGUGUUAACUCCUGUGUGAAAUCCUGCCACAUACGGAGUUGCAAACAAAUCCAUUCAUCUUGUCACACACACACACACACACACACACACGUUAUUUCUGGCUUCAUUUGUAUUCUGCAUUUCCUGAAUGAGUUCUAUGUGUUCAAUUAUCAGUUACUUAGGAACAACAGACAUAAUACAGAGAAACAUUGGCGUAAGGGUUCAUUUUUCUGGAUGCUUGCUAUUUCCAGUCCAGCCAUCUGGACAUUCCAUGGAAAGGUCCAGAUCCAGUGUGAUAUAAAGCAUGUUCCAGCUAACAUUAUCAUGUAACAGCCUUGGGCUGUAUACAGUACUGCUGUGGAGGGAGAAUAGGUACAAUGAAAAAUGUCCAUAUUUCACCAGAUUUUACUGUCUAUGUUUUACUGUUCUGCUUUUUAAACCUUUGUUUUGGUUUGAUUAAAAGAGAGAGCACUUCCUGGAGUGUCUUUAUACCUGAAGAAAACACACAAAACGUCUUUGCCUACAGUAUAUAAUGGAAUUGUAAUUUAGACAGGAUGUAUAUUAACUGGUGUAAUAUUUCCAGACACAUGCAUUCACAGUUAAUAAAAAAAAAAAUCUUCCCAUAUAAGGUAG